AUGCCCUCUGCUCCUCUCGUUCCGUGUCAGCCAUCUCCCUCCCUCGCCCAACCACUCGUUCCCCCCGCCCCCGUUUCUACCGAACCAUCUCUUGCCUUAGCAUUGCAGCCAAUCGUCACCUCAACUCCCACACCGUCGCUUCCAGAUCCAAAGUGGCCGGAGUGGUUUCUGAGAGGCUAUGAGCUUCUAUCAGCACAAGAUCUUGGCCUGGCAUUCACAAAAACCAUCAAGCUGUAUGUGGAGUUGGAGGCUUGCAGCAACUUCAACGUCGGAGGCAUCCAUAUGGGAUUUAAGAAAACAAGUCGGCCCUCACAGGUGGAUUGGUGGGUCGGCCGUGGCCGUAGCAAGGCACCCCUUAUCCAGGAUGUCGCAUCUUUCGAAAGGAGCUGGUGGACAUGGUGGAAGGUUCUUCAGCCGAGUUGGCGCAACGCUGCGGGAGUAGACGGCCGUUUAGGUAGUUCCCAUUGUACUGUCCUCACAGGAGAUGAGGGGUGGUCAGUAAUGGACAAACAUGGCCAGAACGUGUUUCUGACCGUGCUCGCGACCCUCGUCUGGUGGAAUUCCGGUCUCCUGGACAAGGGGAAAGAGGGGGUCAAUGACCCAGGUUGGAUAGCUGCUGUGGAGGAUGUGCAGUGGGUCUUGUCCCAGGUUCUGGGUUGGAAAGCAACACUUGCUCCCCAAGUCACCUCGACCACCAAGUCGACCAAGCAGACGAUGACUGCAAAAAAGCGCAAGCGCUAA